CCAUCACCAAACCAUAAGAAAAUAUGAAGGAAGAAAUUCAAAACGAAACAGCUCAGACUCAGUUACAGAGAGAGGGAAGAAUGUUUUCUUUUCUCUUCCCAGUGAUAGAGGUUAUCAAGGUGGUUAUGGCUUCCGUUGCCUCCGUGGUCUUUUUAGGCUUCGGCGGUGUAACACUCGCUUGUUCAGCCGUGGCAUUAGCCGUAUCCACGCCGCUUUUCAUCAUAUUCAGUCCGAUUCUCGUACCCGCCACUAUAGCCACGACCCUCCUAGCAACUGGGCUCGGCGCUGGUACCACCCUCGGAGUGACGGGCAUGGGUCUCCUCAUGCGGCUCAUCAAGCAUCCUGGCAAGGAAGGAGCUGCCUCGGCUCCGGCAGCUCAGCCAUCCUUCCUAUCUCUGUUGGAAAUGCCAAACUUUAUUAAGAGCAAGAUGCUAGAAAGGUUAAUUCAUAUACCAGGAGUUGGAAAGAAAUCCGAAGGCCGAGGCGAAUCUAAAGGUAAAAAAGGUAAAAAAGGUAAAUCUGAACAUGGAAGAGGUAAACAUGAAGGUGAAGGUAAAUCCAAGGGUAGAAAAGGUAAAUCAAGAGGUAAAGAUAAAGAUAAGAAAAAGGGUAAAGGUUCACGUAAGGGUUCAUCUGAUGAUGAAAGUUCAUAAAUGGAAGUUCAUAUAAUAAUUGUGGUGAAUGCAUGGGUAAAGAUAAAUUCAUGCAAAGAUAAACACAUGUAAAGAUAAACACAUAUUGGUCCAUCUAUUCCAAUAUUUAGAAUACGUUAUGUAUUAUUCAUGAAUUUUAUGCCACCUAUAAGAAUAAAAGGGUUAAUAAUGGCAAGCUCUCUCUCUC